CUUGUCUCUAUCUAGCUCCUCUACCUCGUUGUCUUUUCUCUGUCUCGGUUUGUUCGACCCUCUCAAGCGCAUGUCAGACGCGAUAGAGUAAUUGAAUACUUGACGGCGAAAAACAAAAACAAAAAGACAUGAGUGGCGCGGGGGGCAUCGCGCCGGAAAAUGUGGGAGGGGCCGCUGCGCAGACGAUCGGCGCGAACGGGGCAGCGGCUAGUACAGCGGCUUCCAGGUACGACACGAGCCAGAUGGAUUUGGCAACGCCCAAGUUAAUCGAGCGGCUCAUUUUGGAUGCCCGCACUGGCUACCCGAAGAUAUUCAUUUUUGGAUUGUUGCUGAUUCAAAUGAAGCGAUUUGUUGCCGACAACCCGCCGCCCAAAGCUUCGACUGAUUCUCCCGCUGGUCAGUUGGUCGGCGGAAACGGGAACGUUGCCGCGUACGUGAGUCGUUUUUUUCUUUCCUUCGUCUGCUACGCGUACGCGGGUACUGUCGCUGCGGACGUUGUUUUUUUCGCGCGCACGCCGAAGACCAUGCAGAAUCCGGACCUCUUCUUCGUUUGGCUGUUCUAUUUUUUCCUGUACCACGUCGAAUCCAUCGUGUUGGACCUGUUUCGCUGCAACCUGUUUUACACGACGGGAGGAGGUUCUACUUCAUCUUUGCCAACAAGCACAGGCAGCGGGAAGUCGCCCCUGGUUGCCGCCGGCUCAAGUCGCAGCCUGAUGGCUCAAAGCGGUGCAGUGCAAGAGACGAAUCUGUUGAAGAGCGUGCUUUCGCUGCCCGUGCGUUUCUUCCUGUUGCUAACCAGGGUCUUCCGGGACCGGGUGCUGAAUUCAGCCGCGAUUCAGACAGUUGCGAAGGUGCUGUUUACGAUGGACCUGACCCGCGUCAGCUUCAACGUCCUGGAGGCCUCGGAGAAGCUUGCGGGAGUAGAGGACGGAAGCAACUUCCGGAAGCAACUCUGCUUUAUGAGCUGGGGAAUCAUGCUCUUUACCUGCGGCCCCGGCAUUCUGCGCGCGGUAUUUUUCGACACCAAGGCCGGGUGGAGGUCGGUGUCAGUAGCUGCUGGAGGGACUGCAGCAAGUACUAUACCAAGUACAGCGAGCGGGAUCGGGAAUAAAAUCGCUGCACCAGCUACAGGGGAUGCCGCUGGUGCAGGAGUGACGGCACAGCAAUCCCCUGCAGGUGCCUCAACUUCUCAGCCUGCGAAGUCGAAGAGCGUACGCCUUGAGCUCUUUUUGAAGACCAACUACCUGUUUCUGUCGAUCGUUCUGGGAAACGUGUUUUUCUACUUGCACACGCUGUACAACCGAUGUGCCGACUUCGUCACGGACGCCGACGUGGAACACCGGAGUUUGGCGCGGUGCCUGCACAAUUACGAGGCCGUGACGAAGGUGCGUCACCCAUACGUCGAGUCCGUGCUGGUCACGACCGCAUUCACGUGUGCACUCGAUCUGUUUCUUUACGCACUGGAGUACUACCACCGGUCGGAAACCGUGCUGUUGCAGCAGGAACAAGCGACGGCAACCAAAGCCAAGAAAUUGCAGUGA